CACAAUCCCAAAUCUAAUUACAUACUCACUUAUAUAAGUGACAGAUCAGCAAUUUAAGCAAAACCACAAAUAUAUAAAAAUCGCAAUAUACAGACCUCUUUUGUGGAAGCAAGUCUUCACUGAGCAAAAAAAAAAUUAGUGCAAACACAAAAAUUUCAAUAUCUCCUAUACUUAAGGUCAUAUAAAUAAGGUCCCCCACGUUAAGGGAAGAUAUAAGUUAAGUAUUUUCUUUUAAGUAUUGACUGGUUAGUUAGUACCGAGUGUUGUGUAUACUUUUAUCAAUAAAAUGGCAUCUCAUAAUGAUGAUCCUAUAAUUGAAUUACUUAAUACCGAGCAGACCCCGACAUCUCACGACAUUGAUGAUGAUAAUAAUAAUAUAACUAGUAAUGAUAAUGGUGAUUUACCAACUAUAGAAAGGUCUGAUUUUAAUCUUCAUGAUAAUGUAUCAGAUACUUUAAAACAUGAUACUUUUGAUUUACCCACUCCCCUCAAUAAUAAUCAUACGUUUGUUAAUACACCGACAUUACCGCAACAUCAAUUAUAUGAAGUAUUCGAUGAUGUAAUUAAUCCAUCCAUACCUACUGGUUCUCCCAAUCUUGUUAAUGACUCUAAUGAAUUUAAAUCCAAUAAUAACGCUACUACCACUACCACUAAUAAUAAUAAUAAUAAUAAUAAUGAUAACAGUAAUAAUAACAAUGAUGAAAUCAUAAGUAAUGGCUCCACUGGUUAUGACAAUAACUUACUUGGCCCCAUUAAUGAUUUCAUAAGUCAUCCGAAUAAUCAAUUGAUGUUGAGUUCUGCCAAUAAGGGUUAUCUCACAUCCUUACCACCCAUGUCUCCAUUAUCUGAAAGUGUUAUACCUAAUGGUAUUUCAGUUCAUCCUAUCACUAUACCGUUAAUGGAUGAUAAUAAAAAGAGAGCAUUAGUAUCACAAAAGAAUCAAGUAUCCACCAAUAAUACAUCUAAUUCAACAACAGCUUCAGCAUCAAAAAAGCGAAAGAAAGAUAGUACUCAUAAGUCUAGAACUUUAUUUGUAAAUAAAUUAUGGUCUAUGGUUAAUGAUCCUCUGAAUGAUAAUUAUAUACGGUGGAAUGAUAGUGGGAAAACAUUUCAAGUAUUUCAUCUUGAAGAAUUCGUUAAGAACGUAUUACCAAAAUAUUUUAAACAUAAUAAUUUUGCCUCAUUUGUACGUCAAUUGAAUAUGUAUGGAUGGCAUAAAGUUCAAGAUAUAAAUAGUGGAACAUUAUCAAGUGGAUCUAAUGGUUCAGAUUCCAAAAGUGGUGAUGAUGAAAUCCUUCAAUUUGAAAAUCCUAAUUUUAUUAGAGGUCGUGAAGAUUUAUUGGAUAAAAUAGUUCGAAAUAAGACUAGCACUAAUCAGGAUGAAGAGAAUAUUAGCAAUAAUACUAAUGCAUCAAAUCAAGUUAAUUUCCAAAUCAUUAUUAAUGAACUUGAUAAUAUUAAAAUGAAUCAAUUAGCCAUUGGAGAAGAUCUUCGAAGAGUUCGAAAGGAUAAUAAAACUUUAUGGAAUGAGAAUUUUAUGGCAAGAGAAAGACAUCUGCAACAAGCACAAACUUUAGAAAAAAUUUUAAAAUUCUUAUCAGUAGUUUAUGGAAAUAACAAUGGUGGUAAGAUAUUAGAAGUUGAUGAUGUUCCAUUCAAUAAUCUUGGAAGUAAUGAAGGUAAUUCAUUUAGUGAUAAUCUUUAUGGUCAAAGUGGAACCACAAAUGCAACUGGUCCAACAUUUAAUAAACCAAGAUUAAUGUUGACUGAUCAAGCUCAUAGAAAAUCAUCAGGCUCUGUAAAUUCACCAUCAACGGGUUCAUCAAGACCAAGUGUAGCAGAAUCAUCUACAGGUUCAAUUGAAGAAAUUAUUAGAUCGUAUGGAACUACUCCUAAACAAUCAGCAAGGAAUCCAACUACUACUAAUACAUCUAAUGGUCCAAGUAAUGAAAGUAUUGAUGCUGCUAACAGGAUAUAUCAACAAAUUAUUAAUCAAGAACCAGUUCCAGUUAAUACCACCAAUACUAAUAAACCUAAUCAUAUUGUAUCAUCACCUCGUCAUUUCUUUCCAGAAUUAAAUACCAGUGGUAAUAGUCCUAGUCCAUAUUUAGGAGCCAGUAGCGGUAAUCCUGGUAAUUUCAAUCCAAACAACUAUGUCAGGAUUAAUGAACCAGUUCCUAAUUCCACAGAUAUAAUGACAGGAUUAGAACAGAAUUUAUACAAACAAGGACAAUCAAUUCAACAAGUUCAAGACUGGAUCCAAAAAUUAGCACAACAACAGCAACAAUUGCAAGAACAACACGAUCAGAAACAUGACAAUUUUGAAGAGGAAGAAGAAGAUGGGGAUCUUGAAGGAAUGGAUGGAUUUGAUGUUAAUGAAUUUUUAAAUAGUGGAAACAGCAGUAGUAAUGGUAAUAUUGUUGAAAAUGGUUCACGUCCUGAACCGGUAGUUAUAACUCCAGGGUCAGAUGACCUCUCAGGUAAUAGUAAAAGACUGAUUGAAGAAAUUUAUGAUGGUAAAGAUGCAGAAUUAGACACAUCUACAACAUCCCGAACGAGAAAUCGUAAAGUAAGAAAGAGAUAACGCAACAGAACAGCCCCCAAAAACUUUCCCCAUGGUUAUUUCUACACUACACAUGAGAUUAUAUCUAUGAUCCAACUGAUUCAAUUCUUCUAAUUACAUUUAAACAUCAUCUUUAUGCACAUAUAGUAUAUAUAGUAUAUAUGAAUAAUAUAUUUUGCAAUCUGUCGGAAUGUAUUCGCCAAACUUGGAAUUCCCGCGCAUUUUUUCUUUGACCUCAGUAGUGAUUUUUUUACUCAGAGUGGAUAAU